AUGGACAGUGUGCUGGACCCUUUCUCCGGACUCGACUCUUUCUCGUCCCCUCCUUAUUUCGACGAUGACGACUUUUUCACCGACCAGUCCUCCAAAGACGGACACUUGGACACAGAUGACUUUUUGGAUGACGAUGUGGACUUCCUCACCACUCAUUUCCAAGACUAUUACAGCAAAGACGGCGGCAGCAGAGUAGCUCCUCACGAUGGAGACUACGAUAUGGGAAACUUGUCCUUCUCCUCCUCGUCCUCCACCUUCUCGUAUGGCUGCGCCGACAGCACCCCGGACCUGUCCCCUCACGGCGGGCCCUUCCUGAAGCGCAGGAGGCGGAUGAGAUCUGAGAUGGAGAUGCAGCAACUGAGGCAGGCGGCCAACGUCAGGGAGCGGCGGAGGAUGCAGUCCAUCAAUGACGCGUUCGAGGGGCUCCGUUCCCACAUCCCGACCUUGCCCUACGAGAAAAGACUCUCCAAGGUGGACACUCUGCGGCUCGCCAUAGGCUACAUUAACUUCCUCGCCGAGCUCGUGCAGUCUGAUCUGCCCAUUAGAAACUCCAGUUGCGAGACGCACACGCAACCGAAGAAAGUCAUUAUCUGUCACAGAGGAACAAGAUCUCCGUCUCCCAGCGACCCGGACUACGGCUUGCCUCCUCUGGCAGGUCACUCUCUGUCCUGGUCGGAUGAAAAGCAACUCCGGGAGCAGAACAUCAUCCGUACCGCCAAGGUCUGGACACCAGAAGACCCCCGAAAACUGCACAACAAACCAGGCCUCACAGACAUUGAAAACGAGCCUCCUUUCGGCCUUGUGACCUAA